AUGGGUGAGGUUAUUGCUGCGUUGAAAUGCACCGCUGAUGUAGAUUCGCUUGGCAAUGAGGAAGAACUUUCGAAAAUUUUGAUGAAUGAAACUUAUUUGCGAGGAAAUGCGGUGUGCUCAAAGUGUCAGAAAACGAUGACACUCCGUGUGAAAAGAGGAGUUUUGAUAGUAAGUUUAAAAUAACUUAAUUGAUAAUUAUGAAAUCUUGUUUAUUGCAGUGGAGAUGCAGAGAUUCGAAAAGUCGAGAUUGUUCUACACAAUCAGUUCGAAAAGGCUCGUUUUUUGAAAAAUCGAAGUUAGAAAUUGCAACAAUCUUGAAGUUGGUUGUGCUACAUGUCAAGAAGUUGGUUGAAGUUCGCCAUUUAAUCUUCAAAUUGUGUAUUUUUACAGGGCGUCGAACAAAUUGAUUGGUGAGGAAUUGAAGUUAAGUCCUAACACGGUUAUCGACUUCCGCAAUUUCUUACGGGAAAACGCUUUAACGUAAGUAAAAGCAACACUCAUAAACAUUGAAAUCGUACUGGUUUUUCAGUUUCAAUCGACGAAAUCAUCAAAAAAUCGGUGGAAAUAUGAGAGUUGUCCAAAUUGACGAAUCGGCGUUCCAUUCAAGGAAAUAUGGUAGAGGAACUCAGCGAAAAGAGUUGAAAUGGUUCUUUGGUGGUGAGCUUAAAUUCUCAAAGUUUUUGAAGUAAUUCAAAUUUUCAAAGGAGUUUGCGCCGAAACAAGACAAAUGUUUGGGGAAUUCGUACCCGAUCGAUCUGCCAGAACGCUGUUAGCAGUUCUCGUGAAAAAUGUCGAACUUGACACCGUGGUCCACUCGGAUGAUUGGACAGGCUACAGAAAACUGGGAGAAACUUUCGCUAAGCAUGAAGUGGUUGUACAUUCGAAGGAAUUUGUGAGGUAAAUAUAGAACGAUACAGUUUUUGUUGUAUUGAAUUUUUUUCAGUGAAAGCGGCGUUCACACAAAUCUCAUAGAAGCUAUUUGGAAUGUCUUGAAGUCACCAUUAAAACAAGCACGCGGAACAUCAGAUGCGAUGAUCGAUGGAUAUUUGGCGGAAGGUGUGAUGCGCUACAAUUCUGGUGAUUUAUAUCAAGAAAAAUUAUUUGAUACUCUCAAAUUGGAUUAG